AAGAACAACAACAACAGUAAUAAUAAUAAUAAUAAUGUACAGAUACAUAAAUUGAUGACCACAACAACAACGACAAUCACCAAAGUCACCAAAGUCACAUACACGCCAUCACCUCAACGCAAAGAUGGCACAUCACCAUCGCCAUCUCAGUCACUGUCACUAUCACAACAAUCAUCGUCGCAACAGCCCAUCCCAUUCGACCUCUCACCCGCGCACUCACAGUCAUCACAAAGAUCACAGGUCAUCGUCCUUGAUGAAGAACAUGCUGUCACUCAGUCCUCUCAAUCACUCGUCGAUGACGAAGAUGAUGUUCAGCUCCUAACAAGCCGACCCUCGACCACUCCAACAAGCACGACCACGACUACGACUACAACCACAAGCCCGACAAGCAACAAGGAUGACAACUCUGACGACGCCGAAUCAAUCAAUGGCAACAACUAUAAUGGAGUGAGAUACUACGUAAACGACUUCACCACCGUCACCACGACGGUAUAUAACCGCGACAUGCAUCUGUUUGAGAAGGAUGAGCUGGACUUGAUUGAUCGAUUCCUCAAUGUACUUAGCGACGAUGCCAAGCACCUCUUUGUCAGACUGUACAAUCGCAAGGGUCCAUGGUUCCUCGUCGGAUCAAUCUCGUACAGGGAGAUCAAGGACUUCCGGUCUAGCAUCGAAGAGUUGGUCGACUGUCAGUUGUUUGUCGAGUACAACUCUGCCGUACACGACUAUAACGAGAUCAGUCCAUUGCUGCCCGUUGCAGCCAUUCGCAAGAUCAUCGGCGUCACAUGUCCCUCCAACGCAGGCAAACCCGAGCUGGUUGAGCUGUUGCGAGGCAAGAGUCCUGCACGCGGCCAGUCCACACUCUUCCAGACGACGUCAUCAUCAGCAGGGCAAGUCGAGAGCAAUGUUGGCCGAUGCGUCCGCAUCCCCGACUCCACCAUAUCACUCUGGCGAAUGAUACAUCAUCUCUUCUUCUUCAACUGGCAGCAACACAACUCCACGUCAAUGAUUGUGAACAACAUCAUGGGCAUACGCUUCCCUGACUACCAGAUAUGGACGGGUGGCAUGGCGCGCGACGGCAAGAGCAUCUUUGAGACGCGUGAGUCGCUGCUACAGUAUGAGCAGGUCAAGGAGGUCGAAGAGCGAUUCGACUUCUUCUACGACAGCAAGGAGGAGAACAAUGUUGUGCCAAUCAUCGAAGAGUGCGCUCGCAAUCUAUCAACAAUGACCAGUACACAACAAGAGUAUACAUUUGCGCUCAAGUUCACACCUGGUUGGGUGUGGACACGAGUACUCUCAUCAGGUGUAUCAAUCUUGGAGAGGGCCAAGCAAUAUGAGCAGGCUAUAUUCCACUUGAUGCAAUUGAUUGAUCUGCCCUUCUGUGCAGGCAAGCGUGGACAUUGGUGGCAACGACUAGUGAUCAACAUGAAGCAUCUUGGAAAGAUGGACGAUGCACUAAUCAUCUGUGAGCGAUCAUUGAAUGAUCCACAAGUCAAAAGUGGUGAUCGAAUAGCUCUGGAGAAUCACUAUCUAAUGUUGGCUACUGUAGAGGGUGCCGCACUGGAUCAUUACCAGAAUCACACGGUGGAGAAGUGGACUGGCAUUCAUUGUGAGACCACCAUCUUCUUGAAUCUGUUUGUUGUCUUCUUCUGGGACAUCAUAUUCUCCUCGGACAUUCCUCAUGUGUUCCAGUCACCAUUCCAAGACGCACCACUCGACUUUGGCAGUGAUGAGUUCUACUUUGUACGAAAGGAGCAGAUAGAUGCGAGAAUCCAGCAACUCACACUCAGCACAUGGCAAGAGAGGGAAGAGAUGUUGGAGACCGUCUGGAACAAGAACAAUGGAUGUAUAGCCAGAUGUGUAAACUGGGACAAGUGGCCCUUAGAUGAACUCAAAGGACUAUCUAAAUACAUUGGUGGUGGACUGAUAGCGUAUUGCUCGAAGCUGAUGGCUGAGGACUUUGGUUGCUUCUCAAAGGGCAUGCCAGACUUGUUGCUCUGGCGUAGGAAUACAGAGGACCUACUUGAGGAGAAGUACUUUAUCAAGUUUGUAGAGGUCAAGGGUGCUGGAGACAGCGUGCGCAAUCAUCAAAAGGUCUGGAUGGACAUGCUGCUAUCAUUUGGCUGCGAUGUUGACAUCUGCCACGUCAAGAAUAAA